AAACAGUUUAAUCAGCUAUUAGGCAUCUGAAUCAAGCUUGGAACUGUGUAAGAAACUGUUUGACCAGUAUUUUUUCUUUGAUACUCCUAGUCAAACAAACUGACUGAUAAACGAAACUGCGAUCCGUAUAAGGCUUCCAUUUAAAUUCAAAAACUCAUUUAUUAAGCUUCGAGUUGAGUAAGUUCAGUUUAGUACCGAUAUCAGGGCCUAGAUAUACCACAUUUGUGCGUAUCCGAAUCGUUUUAACUAUCAUAAAACCAGUUUUCUGUGACCGUAACGCUUUUCAGUUGUUUUUCAAGCAGAAAGUUUUUCAGGCUGCAGAUUGUUUCAAUCGAACCGGAAAGGCAAGGUAGGGAAACUGGUUUGUGAUUCGUUUGAUUUUGCAUUUCUUUAUUAAAUCUUCAUUCGAAUAUGAACGGACAUUGCUUGUCAUCAGAUGACCGAAAUGGUUUUGGAGUUCGAAAAAUUGAAUCGGCUUUGCCCGUUUCGUCAAGAGCUAUUAACACUCACAAUCCAAUUCGAAACAUCGUCGAUCAAAUGAAAAUCGAACCCAAUGUCGAAAAAUCAUUCAUUCCUUUAUCAAUUGGAGACCCUACAACGUUUGGAAAUCUCCCGAUAAGUUGCGCUACCAAAGAAGCUCUUUUUGAUGUGAUUGAAAAGGGAAAUUGUCAUGGCUAUGGGCCGUCAGAUGGGUUUCUGGUAGCAAAAGAAGCCAUAGCUCAGUUUUAUUCCACUGACCUUUACCCUUUAUCAACCAAUGACAUAAUACUGACAUCAUCAUGCAGCGGUGCAAUCGAUUUGGCAAUCGGAGCAGUGGCCGAAGAAGGAACGAACAUUUUGAUUCCGAGACCAGGUUUCAGUAUUUACGAAUCACUGACAACUUUGUAUAAUGUGAACGUGAAACAUUAUAACUUGAAACCAGACAAAAACUGGCAGAUUGACCUGGAGCAUCUUGAAGCACUGGUGGAUCCUAAAACAUCGGCAAUCGUUGUCUGCAAUCCUUCAAAUCCCUGUGGUUCUGUAUGGUCACGGAGCCAUAUGAUUUCAAUUUUGAAAAUUGCAGAAAGGCAUAGUUUGCCUAUAAUUGCUGAUGAAAUUUAUGCUGAUAUGGUUUUCAGUGAUGUCGAUUACGCAUCGUUUGGCCAAUUAUCUAAAAAUGUCCCCAUUCUUAUAAUGGGAGGAAUGGCAAAACGUUGGUUGGUUCCUGGCUGGAGAAUUGGUUGGAUUUUGAUUCAAGAUCGUCACAACAAGCUAACCUAUGUGCGCAAAGGGUUGAAAAAUCUAUCGCAGCGUAUUCUAGGACCCAACUCGCUUUGUCAAUUGGCUAUUCCAAAAAUACUAAACGAAACUUCAGAUGUAUUUUAUGAGAAUGUCAUGAGGAAGCUGGAAAAAAAUGCUAAAUUCGCCUUCAAGAUUUUGUCAAAAUGUCCAGGCUUGAAACCAGUGAUGCCAUCAGGUGCAAUGUACAUGAUGGUUGGCAUUGACACUUCUAAAUUUGGCAAAGAUAUGAACGACCUGACAUUCACACAGGACCUGGUCAAAGAACAAAGUGUGUUUUGUCUUCCUGGAUCCUGUUUCCACUACCCAAAUUACUUCAGAAUAGUGCUGACUGUGCCACCCGAAAUGAUGGAAGAGGCUUGUGUGCGAAUAGACGAGUUUUGCAGAGAUAAACUCGAAUGAAUAGAUCAGAGUGUAGUUUUUAAUUGAGAGUUAAAGUCGGGGAAAGUGGGAAGUAGCAAUAGGAAUAGUCUUGGUGAAUACAGUUUUUUAUCAAUUAAUUGAUUUGAUUUCA